AUGGACGCGGACCACGAGCUCACCGGAGGCCUGGCCUUACCGCGUCUGUGUCUCGUAUCCUUCGCCAAGCGGGCCAUAUGCCGCCAGAUAUGUCCCGGCAUGUACCCAAGCUUCAUACGCCUUUCAUGGCCUGACACGGGCGAGGUCCUGGAAGAUAAAGAUGCCGGGGCGCCUGCUCGGGCAGAGACUCAAGCUAGUUGCCAGCGUACCCUAGCGAGCUAUGACGUUGGUCACCAGUCGGUUCUGCAACUCGAUAUCGUGGUGGGCCGGCUGCAUGCAGUCACCGCUCUCCGCAUUUGUGCAAUCGUGGAGCCCUAUACCUCCUACGAGUUGCUGGCCGUGCCAGAAUGCAGGGGAUUGCACGAAGGAAACACUUUUGAAGCCAUCGACUACAGGGAUUUGGCUACGGUUGGUACAACUACGCCAACUGCCGCCGUCGCGGCAACGGAAAAGAGGGAAAGUCCGACAGGGAGAGGACGGCAACUUGUUGCCCAACGGGCGCUUCGUGUGAUCGGUGCCAAUGCACAACAAACGCGUAACGCACCGCGGCAUCAAACGGCCCAGGCGAGGCGCGCCUGGACGCGAGAAGAGGAGCUCCAGGGCAAUGACCCAUCGUGCUGGCGGCUGAAGGAGCUCCAGGGCAAUUUGUGCGCGUUGGUUGCAUCGCAAGUCGUACUCUUUAAUGGGCGCUGCCUGGAACCUGGCAUGCAGACGGUAGCCUUGCUGAAAGGUAUGAAAAAGUACAACGGCACAGCAUGGAAGGCCAUACUGGAUGACCCGGAGUUUGCCGAGACACUGAGCAGGCGGACUGGGGUCAACCUUAAGGACCGAUGGGUGAAUCUGGAGAAGGCGGCGGACCGCAACUUCCAAAACAUGAAGAUGAAGGUCGCAGAAGAUGCCGAGCUACAUGACCUGGUGCAGCAAAUCCUAGCCGGCCUAGGGAAAAUUUAA